AUGGCUCUUCUCUGUCCUUCUCUUCCAUCUUCAAACUGUCGUCUUUUCAGGUGUAGGAGCAGCAACAUUUCGAGCAAGUAUCAUGGAGAAUCAAAGGAGCUGACGAUUGCUCGUUCUGGCGUUUCUACGAGAUCGAUUUCUUCGGAGAAUGGGCUUUCUCGCAGGGAUUUGGUGCUAAUUGGUCUCUCUUCUCCGUUGUCUAUGCUCUUGCCAGUCACUGCUGUCACUCAUGCAGAAGAAGCAGUGAAAAUGGGUGCAGAAGAACUGAAAACGGGUUCAAUGGUGGAUGAGAUAAAUGCUUACUCUUAUGCUUACCCAUUGGAUCUUCCAUCAGAGAAGCUUGUCUUCAAAUGGGUCGAAUCAAGGAAGCCUGAACGUUACUCUUCAGCUGCACCACUCUCUCCUGAUGCGCGUCUACGGAUUGUUUCUGAGCGAGUUGACCUCAUCGACAACCUCGUCAUUUCUGUUUCGAUAGGUCCCCCAAGCUCAAGAUUCCUAACAUCAAAAGACAAGAAAACAUGGACAGCCAAAGACGUUGCUGACUCUGUUUUAUCUGAUAAAUCUGCAUUGCGUGUCACCUCAAGUCAGCGUCUAGAAGAGAGCUCGGUUCUUGAUGCACAUGCUACUGAUAUUGAUGGGGAGCCUUACUGGUAUUACGAGUACCUUGUCCGAAAAUCACCAACCAAAAUCGCUGAAGCAUCAAAGCUUUACAGACACUAUAUUUCUUCAACAGCUGAACGUGAUGGGUUCUUAUACACCAUAAAUGCCUCAACCCUUGGCAAGCAAUGGGACAUGAUGGGACCGGUGUUAGAAAGAACCGUUGAAUCCUUUAGGCUUCUUCCUCCUACUGAUAGUUAUGUUCCUCCAUACAAGGAUCCAUGGAGGUUUUGGUGA